AUUCGAUGGCGUCCGGUGUUUUGGGGCUAUGGCAUCCAGUUUGUGCUAGGGCUAAUUGUCAUGCAGUGGCAGCCAGGCGUCGAUGCGUUCGGAUGGAUAUCCAAGCAGAUGAUUACUUUCCUCGACUACACGGUCUACGGUACGCAGUUCGUGUACGGCUUUCUAGCCGUGCCGCCAGCGAUCUGCGGCAUGAAUCCGGUUCUCCUGUUUUCGGUGCUGCAAGCCAUUCUGUACUUCGGUUCCUGCGUGGCCGUUUUGUACCAUUUUGGCAUCAUGCAGUUCGUGCUGAUGAGGUUCGCAUGGAUCACGCAAAAGACAAUGACCACAACAGCGGCUGAAUCGCUAAACGCCGUUGCAUCUAUCAUACUCGGCAUGACCGAGGCACCGAUCCUCAUCCGGCCUUACCUUGCUAAACUGACCAAGUCCGAAGUAGUCGCUGUCUUGUGUGGAGGAUUUUCGACCAUCGCCGGUUCCCUGUUUGCGGCAUACGUGUCUCUUGGAGUAAGAGCGUAUUAUUUGUUUGCGUGCCCAUCUUACAUACUGUCAGCCAGCAUUAUGUCGGCACCUGCGGCUUUAUCUUCGUCGAAGCUUUUCUACCCAGAAACCGAGGAAUCUAAGACGAAACGGAUUGAAGACCUGAAGCUACCUAAAGGGUUAUACAAGAACGUUCUGGAGGCCAUUAGCGUUGGGGCAACCAGCGUUAUCACUAUCAUCUUCCAAAUCGGUAGCAACCUUAUUGUGUUCACCGCCCUGUUGGCAUUUAUUAACGCGGUAUUUGCCUGGCUUGGGUCGAUGGUUGGAGUGGAGAACUUUUCUUUUGAGAGGCUCUUAUCGUACAUAUUUUUUCCGAUAGCGUUCAUAAUGGGCGUCAGUCUGGAAGCAGAUAUGCAGAAGCGGAUCGAUGAAACAAUGAUCGUCGCCGAACUGAUGGGGACCAAAAUUGCACUGAACGAAUUUAUUGCAUAUCAGAGGAUGAGCGUAUAUUUACUCGAAAAGAAGCUUACGGCCAGGGCGCAAAUGAUGGCCAGCUUUGCCCUUUGCAGCUUCGGCAACGUAGGAUCGAUUGGCAUCCAGUUGGGUGGAAUAGGUGGAAUGUGCCCAGAACAGAAACCAGUAUUGGCUGAAGUUGCCGUUAGAGCGCUGAUUGCCUCCAUCUGUGCCAACUUCAUGACCACGUGUUGGGCAGGUAAAUGA